CAAUCUGAACAUUGAAGGCAAUGCUUUCUUUGUUUCGUCGACAACAUCCCUCGUUUGUGAUACGACAGCAAUCGACUCGCUUUGAUUGGUUGGAGAGAUUUGGGGGAUUAGCUUAAAAAAAAAAAAAAGAUAAUGCUUAAAAUUUUAGCCCAAAUUACAUUUUUUUGGAAGUUAAUAUAAUAUACACAUCACUCAUUGUGUUCCAGUUGGGAAAUUGAGGGGUCACAUCAUGAAGUUAAGGCAAGUAGGACUAUCUAUAUGCACCCAAAGUUGUUGCAGUGCGGAUGGAGAGAAAAGAAAUGGAGAUCAGCAAAGAAGAGCUCCAAUGCUGGAUCAGAGAUGAGGUUCACAAAGCCAGGGUGUGCACUGCUGGCACUCUCAUGAAAUACCAGCUGCUGCAGUCUCUACUAGAAAGACGACAAGCACAGGCAACCAGAUUUUUAAAGCUCUGUCAGUCUGUUGUGAUAUUUGAGAACACAGUGAAAGAACUGUACUCUCAGUUGGGAUGGGAGUACACCGACUUGGAUUCCGACAGUGAGAACAGUGAUGAAACCACAACCUGCAGGCGUACUUUACCAUUUGUGUUUGUUUCUUCGGGGGAUCGUAUUCGCAGACCUCCAGCUUCCAGGGACUCAACUUCACAGUCGCCAACGUCAGAACUUGAAGAAUAUCAGGAGGAAAUUGUUAUUCAGAAAAGUCCCGAUGUUGCUUUAGACAAAGAAGCUGUGGUGGUUCUGAGUAAACUUAGAAAUUCUGAGAUUUCUGCCGCUAUACCCCCUCUUUCGUCUUCCUUAGGGGGCAAUAACGAGGAAAAUUUAAGCUCUGCAGAGUUAGAUGUGCAGUGGGAACCAGACAAAAGGACGAGUGAAUUAGCCUGUUCACUCUCAGAUUUUAGUACUGGAUCCAAGAAGAAGAGAAAAAUAAAUGAAAAUGGACAAAAAGAUGAAAAGCUCAAUCUGGCUUCCAAAAGAAGCAGAAUGUCUUUGCCAAAGACCAGGAGGAGCAAGAGAUCAACUACUACCAUCAAAAAGCCCAAUUACAAGGAGUGUGAUGACUCGGAAUUGUUGAGCUUACCAUCAACUUCAGAUAGUGACGAUGAAAGCAGCAAAGAACAUGCUGCAGCAUUUCGGUCUUUCUCUACAAAACUAACGAUGUGGCUCUCCAGCAAGACAAAAAAGACACCCCAAACCAGUGCAACAGUAAUGACAGAAACGCAUGGCAAAACCACAGAGACCAGGGCUCAGCCCAGCACAACAAGCACUACGUCUGAAUCCUCCAAAAUGCCGUCAACACAGCCGUCCAAAACAUCGUCAACAACACAGCUGUCCAAAACACCGCCCUCAACAACAGAGCCGUCCAAAACGCCGGUGUCAGCAACAGAGAUGUCCAAAACGUCUCCGUCCAGAGUACAGUUGUCCAAAACAGUCAGUGCUGAGACUGUGGUCAAAACACCCACACCACCUGCAGAGACAAAAAACUCCUCUGCCAGCCAGAAGUCCCCUAAAAAAUCUGUUGCUCCUCCAAGCGACCCCAAAAGAAAAAUCGAAGUGAACAUGAACGUCCUGGCGAGAAAGCAACAUUUGUGCUGGCAGCGAGGAAAAGUUGCAGAAAUAAUAACAAAAGAAGGUGGAAAGGUGAAAUACAAGGUCACUUUUGAGGAAAAGGGUAAAAUCCUUGUGUCCGGUCACCACCUUGCCAUUGACAACAUGCCAAAGUUGGAAGAGCUCUCUAUAGGCUGUCGUGUGGUGGUCAAGAUUUCCAAUGAGAAAGUGGUGUACAAGCCCGGCAUAAUGGCCGAGCUCCCUUGCCGAAGAAAUCGCAUGAGGUUCCUGGUGUAUAUUGACGACCACACCCCCACGUAUGUUAGCUUGCUUUCAAUUUGUCCGGUGUACAGAGCAUUGGAUGACCCUUUAGAUGACAUUCCUGAUAAAAUUCACAGGGACUUCAUGAAAGACUAUCUGAGAACCUGGCCUUACCCACCGCAGACCCAGUUCAAAGUUGGACAGAUUAUAAAGGCUGAUUAUGAAGGUGUCAUGCAGAAGUGUGAGGUCACUGCUGUUGACUGCAGCUUGGUUGAGGUCAUUUUUGAGAGUGAUAAACACAAGGAGUGGAUCUACCGAGGCUCGCUACGCCUGGAACUUAUGAUCAGUAUGAGGUACAGCAUGUGGAAGAAGGAGGCUGCAGAAUCAGCAAAGAAACCUCAAUAGUCAAUGGAUCAUGAAAAUCAGCAUAUUAGGUUGAGAAGAACCAUGUCUGGGAAGGUGAACAGCAUGCUUCCUGCUGGCUCCUGGUGGAAAUACUGCAGUGGUUUUCCAAAUUCCUCUGGCAUUAUGUGACUCUGGCUGUUGCACUUAAAGCUUUUCUUGAGUCAUCUGAGAGUUUGGACCAUUGAGGAAGCUUAAUUGAUAUUGCAUACAUUUUUGAAACCACAUUCUUGAAGUGACAGCUGCAUUUAUAGAUUGGAAGAGUAUCAAUAUCCUGAAGAUUCUACCUCAUUAAAACAGCCAACGACUCGUCAUUUUUUCAAAAGACAGUUAUUUCUACUCAGUUGCAAAUGCGUUUUUAACAUACUUAUGUGGUGUGUAUUGUUAAAUAAACAUUGUCUUGCUUUUUGUCUA